GUUUCAUUAACAACAACCUCAAUUUCAACUUGUCAACAAAUAAAGACAAAAACUGCUUCAAAAAAACCAAACAUUCAGAAUAAUACCAAAAUAAAAAAAAGACCCAUCUUCAUAACCCUUUCAUUUCAUUCAAUUUCCAUUUUCUCACACAAUUUCAUUUUCACCAUGAAAAUGAAAAUACCUUAAAACGACGCAUACCCAUUAAACAAAACGCAAAACCCAUUUCAAAAGUUCAAAACUUUAAACCAUUUGAUAUCAAAAUGCAAGACCCAACUUACGCCGCCGUGGAAACCGAUUACAAACCACCACCACCGCCAUCAUCUUUCAAACGUAACAACAAAACAAAACGACCCGUUUUCAAGGUCUUACCCGGUCAGAUCGCGUUUCGUGUGGUCUGUCACUCGUCAACAGUUGGUGGUUUGAUCGGAAGUUCAGGGUCAAUUGUUUCUCAGCUCCGGCGAGAAACAGGUUGCAAAAUUCACUGUGAGGAUGCGGUGGCUGGGACUGAAGAUAGGGUUAUUUUGGUAAUUGGGUCAAUAUUGCCUAAAAGGGGGAUUCCAGUGGGUAGUGGUGAAAUUGAGGUUUCUAGAGCACAAGAAGCUGUGGUUAGGGUUUUUGAAAGGGUUUGGGAACUUGAAAAUGAGAAAGUGGUUAAUAGUAAUAGAGGGGUGAAUGUUGAAGUUUUUGGGAAAUUGUUGGCUCAUAGUUCUCAGAUUGGUGCUGUUGUUGGGAAAGGAGGGAAGAAUAUAAGCAAUAUUAGGAAUAAUACUGGUUCUAAUAUUAGGGUUUGUGCUGCUCCACAUUGUGCUGCUAAAGAUGAGGAGUUAAUUCUUAUAAAUGGUGAAAGUUUGGCUGUAAAGAAAGCACUGAUUUAUGUAUCGUAUUGUCUUCAAGAUUGUCCACCUAUAGCCAAAGUAUCUUUGAAUGCACCAACUGUUAACUAUUCUGAUAGGUCAACCUCUAACACACAUGAGGAUCUUUUUCCUAACCUUAAUUCAUGGUUACCUCCUUCCAUGGAAGGUUUAUCUAUAAGCGAUGCUUCAAAACAGACAACCAACUCUAGCCUUCCCUCGAAAGGUACUGGACACGAAGUUGUUUUCAGACUCCUUUGCGCUAACAAUGUAGCUGGGAGUGUGAUUGGCAAAAAAGGGUCUAUAGUCAGAACUUUCGAAAUCGAAACAGGUGCUUCUAUUAUCUUUGCACCUCCUAUAAGUCAUUUUGAAGAGCGCAUCGUCACCAUUUCUUCUUUUGAGAACCUUGAAUCUAGUAAUUCUCCUGCACAAGAUGCUGUUAUUCUUGUCUUUGCUAGAAUUGUUGAAGAUCACAUUCGAAAUGGAUUUCACCCAGCCUCUACCGCGGAAUCACCUGUAACUGCAAGGCUUUUAAUUGCACCAAGCACAGUAAAUUUAUUGACUGGUAAUGAAGGUGAGGUUAUUUCAGAAUUGAGAGAAGUGAGUGGGGCUGAUAUUCAACUACUGCUAGGAGAGCCAAUUCCAGAUGUUACUUCAGAGAAUGAUGUUGUUGUCCAGAUCACUGGUGGAUACAAAUGUGUAGAAAAUGCGCUACGUAGAAUCACUAGUAGAAUCAGGGAUAAUCCUUUGCCAAAAGAGGUGCUUGCUGAAACAAGAAUGAAAUCAAGUUUUCAAGUAAAUAAGGAUACUGUUAGGAGUAAGUUUGUUACGCGCAAGAAAUCUUAUGUUCCUUUUGGGAGGUCUUCACCCCAGAAUGCAGCGGUGUAUCAAGCUAAAACGAUCACAGAAACUGGGGAAUUACAUACAAAUUUCACCGAGAAUUCGGAACCUAGCAGAGCAAACAUUGUUGCCACUGUCACAAACACUACUGUGGAGAUUAUAGUUUCUGAGCAUGUCUUUGGUGCUGUUUAUGGUGAAGAUGGCGGCAAUGUAGAUCGAAUCAGACAGAUUUCAGGUGCAAAUGUUACCGUGUAUGAUCCUAGCGCUGGUACAAGUGGAGGGAAGGUUGUGAUAUCCGGAACACCUGAUCAAACAUUCGCAGCUCAGAGUCUGCUUCAAGCUUUCAUUCAAUCUGGACAAGGAAGCUGAUGACACGGCAAACUGCAUUUCAUUUCAUUUUUCAAUUCUUCCAUCAAAGACAGGAGGAGGUGGCAUCAGUGCUUGGUGUACAUAUCAUAAUUCACACAUCUUAUAUAGUCACCUUCACAUUGUGAAUAAUAAUAUUAACAUAGACUCAAUCUUUCACUUCAAAAUGAUGGUUACCUCCUAUAGACUAACAGACGUUUUGUUUAAUUUCGGUUUCUCUCUUAAAAUGGCUGAGUGAGCCGUGAUAGUUGACACUGUCCCGAUUAUUAGUACUAUCAUUUGGGCGCUAUUUUGUGCCGUCUGAAAAUACACUUUAGAACAAUUUGUGUUGAUUAAAAGUGUACUGAAACUAUGAGGUUUUUAGUUAGUUAGGGCAGUGAAAGGUAGUGUGACCUAUCAUCUUGCUUCGACCGAUAGAAGUUCAUCCAUUUUCUUUGCUUUUAUUUUUACGUAUUGAUAUUGAUGUUCAUAUAUUCAUUUUUA